AUGCUGUCUACCCCCGCCGGCAAGGCCGCCCUGCGCUCCUCCGCCACAACCUCCUCUCUCCCAAAAGCCUCCGUACGCGCACUCUCUACCACUGCUUCGGCACAGGCAGUCUCACAGGAUGGCCAGCAAAAGCGAGGAAUGGCCACUGUCCAAGACGCACCUCCAGUCCACCGACAUGGCGGUCUCAAGGACCAGGACCGCAUCUUCACCAACCUGUACGGCCACCACGGUGCCGACCUCAAGAGCGCGAUGAAGUAUGGUGACUGGUACAAGACGAAGGAGAUUCUCGAUAAAGGUCACGACUGGAUCAUCUCUGAGAUCAAGACGUCUGGUCUAAGAGGGCGUGGUGGUGCCGGUUUCCCGUCUGGCAUGAAGUGGAGUUUCAUGAACUUCAAGGGAUGGGACGAGGACACCAAGCCACGAUAUCUCGUCGUCAACGCUGACGAGGGAGAGCCUGGAACGUGCAAGGACAGAGAAAUCAUGCGCAAGGACCCCCACAAACUUAUUGAGGGAUGUCUUGUUGCUGGACGUGCUAUGAACUGCACGGCAGCAUACAUAUACAUCCGUGGUGAGUUCUAUCACGAAGCUACAGUACUGCAGCGCGCCAUCCAAGAGGCCUACAAAGCUGGUUUCCUUGGCAAGAACGCCUGCGGCUCUGGCUACGACUUUGACGUAUUCGUCCACCGCGGUAUGGGCGCCUACGUCUGCGGUGAGGAGACGUCUUUGAUUGAAUCUCUCGAGGGCAAGCCAGGCAAGCCCCGCCUAAAGCCGCCGUUCCCGGCCGCUGUUGGUCUUUUCGGCUGCCCGUCCACUGUUGCCAACGUCGAAACUAUCGCGGUCGCCCCAACUAUUGUCAGGAGAGGAGGCGAAUGGUUCAACUCUUUCGGUCGCGAGCGAAACUCUGGUACCAAGCUUUUCUGUAUCUCUGGACAUGUCAACAACCCCUGCACUGUCGAGGAGGAGAUGUCGAUUCCUCUGCGGGAGCUCAUCGACAAGCACUGCGGCGGCGUACAAGGUGGAUGGGACAACCUCAAGGCUGUCAUCCCUGGUGGUUCAUCUACCCCAAUCCUGCCCAAGAAGAUUUGCGACGACCAGAUUAUGGACUUUGAUGGCCUCAAGGACAACCAAUCUGGUCUUGGAACGGCCGCCGUCAUCGUCAUGGACCAGUCAACAGACGUCGUCCGCGCCAUCUCUCGUCUCUCCAAGUUCUAUCACCACGAAUCUUGCGGUCAAUGCACACCCUGCCGUGAAGGCUCGAAGUGGACCGACCAAAUCAUGAAGCGUUUCGAGGCCGGCACAGCCCGUGCACGAGAAAUCGACAUGAUGCAGGAACUUACCAAGCAAGUCGAAGGCCACACCAUCUGCGCUCUGGGCGAGGCUUUCGCAUGGCCUAUUCAGGGUCUCAUCAGACAUUUCCGACCAGAGCUCGAGGCAAGAAUAGCGGAGAACACGAGAAGACAGGGUGGUGAGGCACUGGCCGGUGGAUGGGAGCACGACGCAACAAAGAAGGGCAUGCUCAUCUCGCCUGGUCAAUAG